CUAAUUGUAAUUCAACUGGAACUAGUUUAACUUCUCCAGGAUCUACCCGUCGCCGUACCCGCAGACGUGCACGUUAAGCAAAUGUCAUACAAAUAUUACUCAAAUGCCACACAAAUACACCUUAGGAGGUGUGUAACACCCACACAUACAACUUGUGGUCUUUGUACAGUGAUGCUCCCUGUGCAUUUGAUAAUAAAUGCACAUUAACACCGACCAGAUGAAACAAUUGAUAGUGGGAAUGUUUGCGUGUACUUUGUGUACUUUGCAAUCCACAAUUUGAAAAAGUGUAAGAAAUGUAUGUAGAAAUGUAAAAUGUAUGUAGAAUAUUACUUAUUAGACACGCUAAUUAAUUCAGAAUGCAAAGAUUCAGAACAAACAAAAUAUAUAAACAUAAAAAAUACAUACACCUAAAAAUAAGCUCUGCUUCUUCCGCCUGCUUUUCAGAAUUGCGCAAGCAGGAUGUUCUUAUAAUAUGACCUUGUUAAGCAUGUUGUAAAUAAGCUGCUACCUAGCAAUUUGAAUGUGAUUAAAGCACACUAUGAAAAGUGUAACACAAUUACUUUCCGCUACUCGAUACAGAAGAUUUAGUCAAUAAAGGUGUGCUUAUUUUCACACGAAAACCACAAUGUGAUGAUAUAUUCAAGUUAAAGUGGGGGGAAAAUGUGUAAAAAAUGUGUCAAACCUUUUGACGUGUGUGUGUAAGCAUUACCAGGAAGUAGGUCUGCAGUGGUCACGUGAGUAUUUAUUGGCAAUCUGCCCGAGCCCACGUGCCCGUGCGCGCGCGCGCGCGGCCCCUGUGCGUGUUUACUGGAAGGACUGAAGGGGGCGGGGCCUUACGAUCGGCUUUACUCACUGGAAACAACCUCCGGUAACCUUCCACCACACACACACAUACACACACGGUCCGGCUACCUCCUCCGGCAGACGGCACCGCCGCCGAACUCCCUCGGCCAGGAAGGCGACCUCACAGACUUUUUUUUUUGGUGGAGAAUACUUCGCCGGGGGGAUUUUAAUGCCUGAGCUAAUAAUCCUCCAUUUAGCACUACUCUCGGGUAGUUUGCCGAGCGUCUCUUUCCGCGGCGAGCAGCGGCGCGGGGCUGUGUCAAUCCGCAAGCCGUGUCUAGGUGCUCUCUCCCAGCCCCUCUCUGGAUGCAUCGGACUCCCCUGCCCCCGGGGCCUGGUCCCGGUGUGUGACCCCGCCGCCGUCCCCUUGCUCCCCGUCGGCGUCCUGCACCUUCCCGCCGGUCCACCUUGGAGCGUCCGCUUCGGGCCACCCCCCGCCUCCUGGCGGCGGCGCCAUGGUGGCCCCACGCGGACGGGAGCUCCGUGCCAUGAGCGGCGCGACCCCCUCGGAGGGCAGGGUUCAGCAGUCCGACGUCACCCCGCAUCACUUCAAGCCCUUCAGCUCGCACGCUCACUACCAGCAGGUGAUGCGUGCGUUGGGUAAGCUCCAGGAGAGUGGCUUCUACUGGGGCGCCGUAGGGGGGCGGGAGGCCAGCUCCUUGCUCCGCUCGGAGCCCCCCGGGACUUUUCUCAUCCGGGACUCCUCCGACCACCACCACUUCUUCACGCUCUCCGUCCAGACGAGCCGCGGGACCAAGAACCUGCGCAUCCACAGCGAGGCCGGCGGUUUCUUCCUGCAGCCCGACUCCCAGUGCACCCAGCGCCCCCCCCAGUUCGACUGCGUCCUCAAACUCAUUGCGCACUACAUGGGGAAGGGGCCCGACGGCGGCGAACUGAAAGGCCGCGGCGUCUACCUGAUCCACACCGGCGGGGAGCGGAUCCCCCUGGAGAUGCGGCGACCCCUCCUCAACUCUCUGUCUUCCCUGCAGCACAUGUGCAGGAGGACCCUGAACAAUCAAGGCCUGGGGGGGUCGCAGCAGGUUCAGCAGCUGCCGCACACGCUCAGAGACUUCCUGGAGGAGUACGACGCCCCCAUAUGACUGACAGGAAGCGUCCCAGGACGCCGACACUAUGGACCAGUUCUCAGCGGGAGACCCAGACUUGACCUGAGACGCCGUUGUGAGGUCAGUGUUUUUUUGUUUUUUUUUUGGGUGCGCGCGGGGGGGGUUCGAGUGACCUGAAGCCACGGGUCAAGUGUCAACUCUCCCUACGACUGACUCGGACGCAGAGCAGAGCCUCGUAGAAGAUGAAGCGACGCCCUUAGAGAUGACCAAAGGUGUCUUUGCCCCCCCCCCCCCCCCCCCCCCCCCGGCCCCCCUCCCCUGGCUGCUCUCUACCUUCACACGGGACCAAAACAAACAGUGCAACAAUGCUCCAUGCAGGGGAUGAUCAUAAUGGGGCGGCGGGGGGGUGGCCAGAAGAGCGGGAAACGGGAUUAGGAAAAAGGACAUUAAAGGUGGGCGUGGUGGCCGCUGCAAGGGGGCGGCGUCAUACCCGCGGCGCUUCAAGGAAAUGAUGGUCAGGCGUGCACCGGAGCCAAAAUGGCGUCUCAAAACGAGGGGGCGGGGGGGGGUCUCCAACGUCUGCGAUUAUUAACGACAUAUUCCAGUAUUCGAUAUGACACUACAUCAUCUAGCUAAGAUGUGGAUACUGACAACAUUGGAUUCCUUUUGGCAUCUUUCAUGCACAAACUGUUUCAAAAUGCCCCCCACCCCCGCCCCCGCUCCCCCUGGCACCUCUCAAUUUUUCUAAUUUUUUCGAGUUCUCAUCUCAAAUGCGGUGAAAUUAAAACAUAUGUAGCUUUCACCCCCCGAUAAGAAGAUACAUUCAUUUCAUUGCACAUGGGCGCACGAGUGCCGCCCUGCGAGGUUCAUCGCCCCACGACGUGCUCGUUCUCGUGUUAAUCAUUCAUUCAUUGAUUGGUUGUUCAUUAAUACGCCGCGUUUGGAGCCGAGAGACCGGAUGAAAUACUAAGAGGCGGCGAGUACGUGAAUCGGCGUGGCGGCACUCGUACGUUUCAUUCAUUCAUUCAUUCAUUCAUUUGGAUUGGAGGAUGUGCACCCACGCCCCCCCGAUGCCGCCCCCCCCGGAAAGAAAUCCUAUAAUGACAGAUGUAUAAACUCUAUACAUACAUAUGCACAUGGGUGCACGAGUGCCGUCCUGCGAGGUUCAUUGCCCCACGACGCGCUCAUUCUCGUGUUAAUCAUUCAUUCAUUCAUUCAUUGUUUAUUAUAAUACACCGCGUUCGGAGCUGAGACGCCGGAUGGAAUACUAAGAGGCGGCGAGUACAUGAAUCGGUGUGGCGGCACUCGUGCGCUUCAUUCAUUCAUUCAUUCAUUUUACCGCAAAAAAAGGAAAAACCCCACCUUCAGUGUUAAUGCUCGCAUUUCAAAUCAGUUCAUCAGUAAGCUCAAAGAAGACAGACGACACAGGUGGAUUGGAGGAUGUGCACCCAAGCCCCCCGACGCCCCGCCCCCGGAAAGAAAUCCUAUAAUGACAGAAGAGGAAAAAAGCAAACUGUGUGUUAUAUUCCCUUCCUUCCAGCCGUACCUCUUGACAGAACGUCUUCCCAAACAAGAAAAAAAAGGGACUUUGUUUAUGUUUGUGUGUGUGUAUGUACAAAGCAACAGCGGGAUUGGACGGGAACCUCUAACAGCGCCAACCUGUGAUCCAUAUUGGAGCCCGGAGGCCUUCUCACCUUUUUUCUCCCCCCCUCCCUCCGAAGCAAAACACUAAAAUCACGGAACACGACGUGGACCUGACUGACGUGUCUUUGUUUGUAUGUGAAUCCUUUUUUUUUGUCUUUUAUAAAGACUCUUUCUACUCACUGCAGGAGGCAGGCCACUAGUCUGGCGCGACACAAGCUGUAAAAAAAAACAACAAAAAAACAAACAAAAAAAAAAGACAAGAAUAAAUGGAGGAGAAAAAAAAAAGAAAUCAACGUUGCACAUAUUUAUAUUUCUAAAAUAUUUCAAUAAUUUAUAUUAAAGAGCACUAUUUUUACAAAAGCCAAUGCCUUUGUUUGCCCCGUGUUUUCCUUAACGCUGUAAGUCAGUUAGCGUAGCAUGUCGCUAACGGCAUUGUUUGUGGGAUUUCCUCGCCGGUUCAUGAGGGUUACAAUUACUGUCAGCGAUUGUUUUUUUCUCCCGGGCUGCUAUGGUGCAUUCCAUACAGCGGGACCUAUAUGAGAGGAAAGGGAUUGGCGGGGGUGGGGUUUGGGUGGUGGUGAGGGGGGGGGGGUAACAAAGGGAUUACCAGAAGAGCAGUUCCACACUUGGACACAGGCCUUACUGUGCACAAGGCUCACUUUGGGCUGGACCUAACUGGAAAGGAAUGCAGCCGGGUUUUAUACAUCCUGCCCUAGGGGCUCAGGGACUGUGUGUGUGUGUGUGUGUGUGUGUGUGUGUGUGUGUGUGUGUGUGUGUGUGUGUGGACGUAUAUAUGUGUGGGCGUGGGGAGGUCAAAUAGGUGAAAGGAUCCACGCGCUAGAGAUUUAUGAUCCGAGGUGUCGUAUAUAGAAGGGUGCGGGGUUUGUGAAGGUAAAACGCUUUAAAAAGUCACACACACACACACACACGGUUCCCAUUCCCUGCAUACCUAGUGUGUGUGUGUGUGUGUGUGUGUGUGUGUGUGUGUGUGUGUGUGUGUGUGUGACUGGCUUCCAGGAAAGAGGCACUUUAAUUGAGUUGAGUUUUUACGGCUUGCCUGGUGUUAGUGUGUAAAGAGCAAGUGUGUGUGUGUGUGUGUGUGUGUGUGUUGUGUGUGUGACAGCGAGAUGAGGGACUUCAAGUGCCGAGAGAAGCAUUUCUUCAAAAGCGCACAAAGACUUUGGAGAAAUGACGUCAUUGUAGUCCUUACUGGCACACAACAGCCCGAUUAAUCAAGUCAAAUUAAUCCAUUACUAUAACCAUUACCAUUAAUAAUCAUGGCACUGCUUCUCACUCACACACACACAUAAAUGGCCUGAAUUCUGACAUUAGCGCUAACAAAUUAGACAAGCACCCAUCCACAUACCGCAGAUGUCUUUGCUUGAAUAUGCAAGCAGGCUAAAAGAAGAUCAGCAAAUGUAGCCGUCUCCGCACACAACAAUUUGCACAUGACUUACAGGUCACUAUGUUAUCAUUACCAGGCUGUAAUUUAACUCCUCUCUACAGGCAACUUUCAGCACGGUCGCCCUUGGUUAGUGUGUUUUUUUUUGGUUAACAUCCAUGAUGUACGUUUUACAAUAUGUCCUAAUUUUUUUGUUUUUCAUUCAUUUUCUACCGCUUUUUCCUCACGAGGGUCGCGGGGGGUGCUGGAGCCUAUCCCAGCUGUCUUUGGGCGAGAGGCGGGGUACACCUUGGACUGGUGGCCAGCCAAUCACAGGGCACAUAUAGACAAACAACCAUUCACACUCACAUUUAUACCUAUGGACAAUUUGGGAGUCGCUAAUUAACCUAGCAUGUUUUUUGGAAUGUGGGAGGAAACCCGGAGUACCCGGAGAAAACCCACGCAUGCACGGGGAGAACAUGCAAACUCCAAAGGUUCAAAGGUGGAAUUGAACCCUGGUCUCCUAGCUGUGAGGUCUGCGCGCUAACCACUAGACCUCCGUGCCGCCCUUUUUUAAAAUUUAUUUAUCACAAAAUAUCCAUUCCUUGUGAGCGUCUUACAUGCUAGUAAGCAAAACGGCAACCCAGAACCGGGAGUCCGCUAGUCUGCUAGCUUAAGUCAUGAGCGGUCGAUGAAACCCGACACUAUAUAAAACUAUAAAAACAUGUUAUGUGUUAGCAUUUGUGACUUUCUGGAAUGCAUCAGUUGCAUUUACUUGGUUAGCGCCGCUAAUUCCUUCCAGACGGUCAGACUCGAACCGAAACAGAUGCGAUAUGAAUCAAAGUUUCCCAUAAGAAAUAAUGUAAAUCCAACAAAUCCGUUCCAGGAAGCCGGUUUUAUAAUUCUGGUUUUACGUGAUGUUUGUCAUCUCAAUAACCCGAAAUGGAGCCACAGCAUAUUUCAAGUAGCAGCAUUUUAGGUAAGAAACACCAUUCAAUAGAAUUGAGGAAAUAACUCAUGGCAAAACAGGAAGGUGGUGUCUAGUGAUGUAUGAUACCACUGACAUCGUGUAUGAUCCGAGUAAACUGAGUAAACGUCAGGCUGCAUGGCGGUUAGUAAGCAGGCCUCACACCUAGAAGACCCGUGUUCGAUUCCACCCUCGACUAUCUCUGUGUGGAGUUUGCAUGUUCUCCCCAUGGGUACUCCGGUUUCCUCCCACAUUCCAAAAACAUGCUAGGUUAAUUAGCGACUCCAAAUUGUCCAUAGGUAUGAAUGUGAGUGUGAAUGGUUGUUUGUCUAUAUGUGCCCUGUGAUUGGCUGGCCACCAGUCCAGGGUGUACCUGAUACAUGUUUGUAUCAGGUGCACCUUAUGGGUGUUAAGUUGCUAUGUGAUGAAUUUAGUGCAUCAUAACUGUCACUGUACACUGGUAU